AUGGCAAACGAAUACAGAGGAGUUCCGCCGAUGUCGAUGACGGACAACGUGGGCGAAAACUGGCGAACAUGGCGGGCCAGAUUUGAAAACUACCUCGUCGCCUCGGAAGCGAACAAAAAAUCAGAGGCCACACAAUGUGCUCAGUUGCUCCACUACAUCGGUGAGGACGGCUUUAAAAUAUUUACAACAUUCACGAUCCCGGACGAAGAAAAGGACAAACUCCAACCCCUUAUAAAGAAAUUCGAGGAACAUUUUUUGCCAAAAGAAAAUUUGGCGUACGAAAGGUACCAGUUCUUCUCGUAUCGCCAACGUGACGGGGAAACGUUGGAACAAUUCAUAACGGAACUAAAGAAAAAGGCGAAGAAAUGCAAGCUGGGCAGUCUGAACGACGAAUUAAUCAAGACGAUGAUUACCUGCGGAGUAGCCGACGGGUCUAUAAGGGAGAAACUGCUCCAAAACGAUGAGCAAACUCUCCAAGAAGCUAUAGACCGCUGUCUCAUCAUCGAGAAAUCCAAAGAGAGAUCACAGGAGAUGGAGCACGCUCUGACGACGACAGCAUCGGUUGACGCAAUCAAGGGCCGGAGUCAACGCACCGACGCAGCGCAACACACUUAUACAGCUAAGUCUAUAACUUCGUGUACGAAAUGCGGAUAUACUCACGCGAUAAACAGAUGCCCGGCGUACAAUAAAAUCUGUAAUAACUGUAGAAGGAAAAAUCACUUUGCUGAAAUGUGUUUCAAAAAACAAGACGGAAACAAGCGCGAUCAGAAAAUAAACGAAAUCAAUGAAGAUUCAGAUCACAGCGAAUACCUGUUUAUAGCUCAAGUCGAAACCUCAAAUGUAAAAGAACGGUGGUACGCGGAGUUAGUAAUAAACAAUCAUAGCAUAGAAUUUAAAAUCGAUACGGGCGCUGACGUGAAUAUUCUGCCCAUGCCAAUAUUUAAAAAGAUCAACGUAGCGAAAAAAGAAAUUCAAAGAACGAACACGAAAUUGAAUUGUUAUUCGGGCGAAACUCUUAACGUGGUAGGCAAAUGUAACGUCAUGUGCCACAGGAAAGGCCAAAAACACGAAAUUGAGUUUUUUGUAAUCGACUCUAACGGAACACCUCUGUUGGGUCGAAAAACCUCGGAGGAAAUAAAUCUCGUUAAAAGAAUUUAUUCAGUCGAACAGAACAGCUACAAUGAAUUACGAAAACAAUAUGAAGACGUAUUUUCUGGAAUAGGUUGUCUAAGUAAACCGUAUCAAAUUAAGCUAAAAAAAAACGCCACGCCUGUAAUACAUCCUACGAGGCGAGUUCCUUUGCCGCUGCGAGACACUCUCAAACAAGCAUUGGAUAAACUUGAAAAAGACAAAAUAAUCGAAAAGAAAGAGGGUCCGUCAGAAUGGGUAAACGCACUCGUGCUCGUGAGGAAACCAAACGGAUCGAUUCGUAUUUGUAUUGACCCGAAAGAGAUAAAUAAACAAAUCGAAGUCGAGCCGCGACAAAUUCCGACCUUCGAAGAAAUUAUAAGCAGAGCUAACGGAGCGACCGUAUUUAGCAAACUUGACGCGCAAGCAGGGUUCUAUCACGUCCCGUUGGACGAAAAAAGCUCGGAAAUUUGCACAUUCGGCACGCCUUUCGGGAGAUAUAAAUUCAGAAGGAUGCCUUUCGGCAUUAAAACUGCACCGGAGGUGUUUCAGGAUAGAUUCAAACAAAUUUUCGAUUUGGAAGGCGUCGAAGUGUACAUUGAUGAUAUUUUUGUAUACGGCAAAACGAAAAAAGAACACGACAUUAGACUUAAGGAAGUCCUAGAUGCGGCCAGGCAAAGCGGCGUUCGGUUUAACAUAGAUAAAUGCGAAUUGGGGAAAAAACAAAUUAAAUACAUUGGUCAUAUAAUCUCCGAGAAUGGUAUUGCUCCAGACAGUACAAAGAUAGAAGCCAUCAAAAAACUACCGGCGCCGCAGAAUAAAAAAGAGUUACAAAGAAUCCUCGGGAUGCUAACGCAGGGCUAG